AUGAAGGGCGCGACCAUCCCCUCGGUCGCGAUCAUGCCCUCGCCGCUCUUCCUCUGGCGGUUUAAGGCUGUGUUGUUUCUUCUAUGGGGCUUAUGUUGUUGCAAGAUAAGUUGGGACUCAGUUAUGAGAAUGAGUGUUGAUCUCAGAGACUUAUUUCUUUACGAGGCUUUCUUGUACUAUAAUCCUCUUCUUCUUGUGGCCUUGAUGAUUUGGUUGUGGGGAGUAAAUCUAUGGGUCUUUGCACAAUCAUCUGUGAAUUAUGCAAAAGUGUUUGAUCUUGCACAAACACAUUUAUCUCACCGAGAGAUAUGGAGGUGUGCUACUUGGCUGACUUUAAUUGUCCCUACUAGCAUGACAGCCUACCUAUAUCUGUACUCACAUGGAGAAGUGUCUCUUGCAGCAUCUCAACCAGUUCUCUUGUAUGCUAUUCUUCUGAUGAUCCUCCUUUCUCCUUUUGAUAUGUUUUACUUAUCAUCGCGCUUUUACUUUCUGAGGACAGUCUGGCGUAUAAUACUGCCUUUACAAGCAAUUACAUUUCCUGACUUCUUUUUGGCUGAUAUUUUUACAUCCAUGUCAAAGGUGUUCUCAGAUCUGGAGCGUUCGGUUUGUCGUAUGGUGAAUCGCCAGGUUGCAACAACCGCUUGGUUUGAAGCAGAUUCUGUUUGUGGCAGUCAUUCUGUAGCUAUUCCUCUUGUUCUCGUGUUCCCCUACUUGUGGCGUUUCUUCCAAUGUCUCCGGCAGUACAAGGAUACAAAGGAGAAGACAUGUCUCUUCAAUGCUCUCAAGUACUCGACAGCAAUUCCUGUGAUUUUCCUUUCUGCUCUCAAGUAUCAUGUAUAUCCUGAUCAGUGGGUUGGCUUCUACCGGCCCCUCUGGCUUAUCUCUAGUGUUAUAAAUUCACUGUAUUCCUUCUACUGGGAUAUUAAGCGAGAUUGGGAUUUGAGCAUCCUAACCAGGAUUUUCAUGUUCAAAAACCCAAGCAUAUGGACUAAUCUUCUUUACGGGCAGAACUGGGUUUUCUACUGGGUAUUGGGCAGCAAUUUGGUUCUGCGAUGCACAUGGACAUACAAGCUCUCGGCGCAUCUUCGGCACAACUACCUGACAGUGUUCACCAUAGCAUCUCUGGAAAUACUGAGACGGUGGCAGUGGGUGUUCUUCCGAGUCGAGAAUGAGUGGAACAAGAUGACAGCCAAACAAAACUUGGAGAUGUCAUCUGACAUGCCUUCCGAAGGAGACAGGCUACUGGAUUCUAGUAACCAUACAGUAUGA